AUACAUAGGUUAUGCACCCGUUGCUUAUUUUGUGGUCUCUGCGGAUUUUUAGAUACAACAAAAACGAACCACUACCACUAUUAGUUUUUUUUUAGUUGCUCUGCUCUGUAGCCACUAGCCAGUAAUAUAUUAUUCUCAGUGCGAAAAAGUGAAUUAUUUGAAUUUUAUUAAACGAAUAUGGUGGAAAACAUGUAUAAAAUAUUAUAACCACGUAUACUUUGUUAUUAUUUAAUUAGGUAUAUAUCUAUUGUUAAAUAGUGUACUCGUAGUGCAUAGCGCAAUAGCGAGCAGCGUCUCAAAUAGUCGAUUGUCAUUUAUAUUCUAUGUGAUUUAUUCAAAUAUUAUUUAAACUAUGUAUGUAUUUCGUACCGUUGUGUGAAGUUAUUGUAACAGGAAGUACACUGGCCAGUCUACGCUCCACAACCACAUUUUAACACAGUUCAUAAGACCCGGCGUCACGGAUAAAGACCACGAUGGCUUCGCGUUUCUGCGCUCUUUUGAUCACUUUUGGCGUGUACCACGCGCUGUCAUCGCCGCAGCCGAUGGCCGGUGCUGCGAAUAUCCUGGCGGUACACACGAUCGCGGGAAAGAGCCACUGGAACAUGAUGCGGACCGUGCUGCAGGUGUUGACUGACCGUGGCCACUCCGUGACUGUAUUCACGCCGUUCGCGGACAAUGACAGGGACGGUUACACGGUGGUGGACGUUUCCGGUGACCUGGAAUCGAGGGUUGACUUGAACGUGUCGCGAAUUAUCACGUCCGCACGCCCGUUAAUCGCUUACAUCGUGAACGCCUUGCGAGUCAACUGUGGAACCAUAUUCGAACACCCACGGAUGCAAGAAAUUCUGGAAGGCCGGUCCCGACCAUUCGACGUGGUGAUCGCCGAGGCUUUCUGGUCGGAUUGCGUGUCGUACGCGGCUACCGUUCUUCGCGUUCCCGUCAUAUACGUCGUCCCUUCGCCAAUCGUCACGCACGUGGAGCGUUCGUUCUUCGGUCACGUCAUAAACCCCGCGGCCGUCUCCAACUUGUUGUCACGACGCGGCGUACCAAAAACGUUCGGUGAACGUUUCACCAAUACGCUGCGUAUGAUUUCCAGUUCGUGGCUGGUUUGGACCAACGAACGGAGGCUCCGGAAAUCCGACCCGCGACCGUUUGACGCUAUGGACCGGGUAAGACCGCCGUUGACUUUCACCAACACGCACUUCAUCACCGAACCUUCUAGGCCACUGACACCGGACAUCGUACAAAUCGGCGGCAUACAUCUAACUCCACCAGGACCGAUACCAAAGGACAUUUUGGAAUUCAUUGACGACGCGCCUAACGGAGUGAUUUACUUCACGUUCGGUACGGUGGUUUCGAUGGCAUCGUUACCGGAAAAUGUACUGAAAGUGUUAAAAGAGGCAAUCGCUCAGGUUCCGCAAAAGGUUUUGUGGAAAUACGAAGGUGAAAUGGCAGAAAAACCGAAGAACGUGAUGACGCGGAAAUGGUUUCCACAACGCGAUAUACUUUUGCAUACUAAUGUGAAACUGUUUAUCAGCCAUGGAGGUAUAUCUGGAGUAUACGAAGCUGUAGACGCAGGUGCGCCCUUAUUAGGAUUUCCGAUUAACUACGAUCAACCGAGAAAUAUUGACAAUCUGGUCGACGCCGGAAUGGCGAUCUCUAUGGAUCUUUUUUCUGUAACUAAAGACACGGUUUUUAACGCCAUUUCGGAGAUUGUCAACAACGACAGGUACCAACAAAACGCUAAAAUAGCUUCUGAUCGAUUCAAAGACCAGCCCAUUUCACCAGCGGUGUCGGUGGUCUACUAGACUGAGUACGUUUUGCGUCAUAACAGAGCACCUAGUUUAAUAUCUCACGCUCUGAAUCUAACGUGGUAUCAAUAUUUUUUAGUUGAAAUAAUUAGCACAUUUUUGUUCAUUGGGUUUGUCCUUUUUUUCAUAAUCUAUUAUGGCCUAAAAAUUAUUUGUAAACAUAGUUUGUUCUCAACUUGUUUUUCCA